GUGUGUAGUAUCGUUUGGCAAAAAUUCCAUCCUUUUUCGACGAUUUGCGUGUGCCGCCAAGUGGGUUCUUUGCCGCAGUAAAACCAGUCUCUGCCAGCCAGGCCGAUCGAAUUCAGCGCCGGCGAAUCAUCCAGCACCAGUAAAUCAAAACCCCCCAGCGGGCUACGGUCAAUCCCGACUAGGCGCACACACGGCAAGUGAAAAGACCAUUGCAUUGCAGGCAAAGAAAUGGCUGGAACAAUCUCGGACAUAAAAAAGCUGGACUACGAUAUCUACAAAUAUUCGAGCUAUUCGUCGUCCUAUCUGCCGGAAAAUAUCAGGGAGGACAAUCCUUCCAAUCAAACGUCUCGCUGGUCCUCGAAUACCAACACGCCACCGCAGUACUUGAUACUGAAGCUGGACCGGCCCGCGAUCGUGACGAAGAUCAAGUUUGGAAAGUACGAAAAAACGCAUGUCUGCAAUCUGCGCAAAUUCAAAAUACUCGGCGGGCUCGAGGAGGAACGUAUGGUGUUGCUGUUUGAAGGUGGGCUGCGUAACGAUUCCGUACCGGAAACGUUCAACCUAAAGCAUCGCACAAACUCCGGCGAACUGUUGCCGAUCAAGUUCAUCCAGAUCGUACCGCUGUUGUCAUGGGGUCCAAGUUUCAAUUUUUGCAUCUGGUACGUGGAGCUGUUGGGCAUCGAAGAUUCCAUGUUUAUCCUUUCGAACCUGCGCAAAUAUAAUAUGCUGCGCGAGGUGGAGAUCGUUCGACUGUUUUUGAAGCAUUGCCGCCAGCAAGGGUACGUAAAUUCGUUCAGUGCCCUGCAGGAGGAGACGGGCGUAAAGCUGGAAGACGAAAAGAUGACCGAACUGCACGAGAUGCUUGUAAAUAGAGGGGAUUUUAAGAAGACUGAAGAGAUGCUGAUGGAGUUUAUUGAAAACGGCCUAAUGGAUAACUACCUCGAGAGGCAGGAAUACAAACCCCAGUGGAAUCUGCAGCUGACACCGGAGAACGAACCACGGCCGGGACGGCGCGGUGGUCAUCAGCUGAUCAUUGAUCCGAUGACCAGCACGAUCUACCUGUACGGUGGAUGGGACGGCAAUGAGGAUCUGAGCGAUCUCUGGUCGUACGAUGUGAAGGCAAACCGGUGGACGCUGAUUCACGAGCGGUCGGAACUGUUGGACGGACCGACACCGCGUGCCUGCCACAAAAUGGUGUACGAUACGAGAAAUUCUCAAAUUUUCAUGCUCGGUCGCUAUCUGGACAGUGCGUCGCGUACGGAGGAAAAUAUUAAUAGUGAUUUCUACCUGUACAAUACCAUCACGAAGACCUGGUUUCUGAUUUGUAACGAUACGAGCCAGGUUAGCGGACCUCAGCUAGUGUUCGAUCAUCAGAUGUGUAUCGAUGUGGACAAGCAGACGAUCUACGUGUUCGGGGGCCGUAUCCUAGAACCGAGUUACAGAGUUUCUUUGUCGUUUAGAAAUGAGGAGGAAACGGCUGGCCAGUACCGGUAUUCGGGGCUCUUUUCCUACCACAUCAGUACCAACACCUGGACGCACAUACUAGUUGACUGUGAACAUCCGUCUGCAUCCAGCCCGUACGUCCAGAGCAUCCGCUCGAGAGUAACCCAUUCCAUGCUAUUCCAUCACAAACAUCGUAAAUUGUACAUUUUCGGAGGUCAACGAGGAAAAGACUACAUGACAGACUUUCUCAGCUACGAUGUUAACACGAAUGAGCUGUCGAACAUAACGCCGGAGAACAACAAUACGGAUACGAAAAAUGUUCCUCAGUCGGGCUUCACACAACGUGCAACGAUCGAUUGCGAAAAGGAUGAAAUUUACGUUUUAACGAGUCUUAGCAAGGAAAAGGAGCGACGUGAUUUAAACAUCAAUUCGUUCUGGCUGUUUUCGCUGGCCAAGAAAGAGUGGUGCUGUGUGUACAAGAGCGAACAUUCGAACGGGGAAAACUGUUACCAGAAGAGUCAGAACACUUGCCACGAACCGUGCCCACGCUAUGCACAUCAGAUCGUCUACGAUAGCACCAACCAGGUUCACUUCCUGUUCGGAGGCAACCCGGGCACGAACUCGAACGUCCGGUUGGAUGAUUUUUGGGUACUGCGGCUGGAGAAACCAAACCGCGGCAACAUACUGCGCUACUGUAAAUACCUGUUGCGAAAGCAAGAGUACGAAGAGAUCACGAAGAAUGAUCCGCUUUCGGCUAUUCUGUACCUGCAAACGAAACUGUACGACAUCAUUGACCACAGCGAUCCGGUGCAGCUGAAGGAAUUUCACAAGCUCGCCUCACUGCUGUUCAAAUCCGACACAGUGGACGGGGAAACGGAACCGACCAGUCUGUUGACGUGUGCGGUUGGCACAACCGGUGCGAGUGCACCGGUAGGCGGUGGCAACAAGCACAAACAGCAACGGGGCGAUGACGAUGGCCACAAAGAGGAGGAAAACCUGGCUAAGGUGAUGCGCGUGGAGUCGCCCAAAAGUGUCGAGGAGGCCGACACUUCCAGCAUUAGCUCGAUGAGUAGUAGCGAUUGUUCGAACUCACAAACACAGCCCCCACCGGGCACGGUGGUACCGGCAACCGGUGGCGAAAAGGUUGAAGGAGUUCCACCGGAAGCUAGCACACAAAAAACCAGCCUGGGCCGGGAGCUGGUAGAGGGUGGAAGGUCCGGAACGAAUACCAGCGCAACACCUUCCACGUCCCGUUCAACGGGUAGUGGUGUUGGCAUGGCACGCAAUCGUGCCGUAGAUCAACAGUUUGAGAUGAAGAUACGGCGAUGCUUGCUGUUUAAUAAACUGGUCGAUUUGAUGCCCGAAGCAUUGUGCCAGCCCAAGAAAAACAUUAGCGACUUUGUGCUGCUGUAGUCGUUCUCGUGAUUUGUGACAGUCAAAUGGUGCUGCUCUUUAAGUAAGCAGAAUAGUACGCACCACCAGCAACGCACCGCAGUUGGCAAAGGAAAGUGUAUGAUAGAUUCGGGAGGACACUGCCAGUAUGUCUGCAUGCCCCAUUAACAUUCUCCCGUAUUAUUGCAUCGUAAUACUGUCGAUCAUAAUAAUGUGAUAUAAUAGUAGGUCCUUCGGGUAAAACAAUAGGGCGACUUGGGCAGAACACGCAGCUUCUUCAUGUCGGGCGUGAAAUGAGUAGUGUCUCGGUAUGUUUUUUGAAAAAAUGCUUUACAAUUUCAGUUAUAUGGCCAAACAGAGUUAAAAUUUUGCUUAGACUGAACAGCAAUGCUAAAUUUAUAGCUUUCCCAAAACAUAGUCAAACGUUUUAAAUUUUAUUUGCAACUCUUUUUUUAUCAAAGUAACAGUUUACGACCAUUAGUCAACUUUUUACAACUUUACUCGGCUCUCGAAAGUGAAUGAAGACGGUUUUGUGCAGAUGUUCAUCGUCAGUGUGGUAUUGUUUUGUUUUGUAAAAUCGCUCGAAAUCGAAAGUUAUUACUAUUAUUAUGACGCACGUUAUCGUUUGUUUGUAUCCUGCGUUUUUUGAUUGUGUAAAAUAAAACUGACUUGAAAUA